GAUGGACCCCCCUGGGUGGCAGGGAUCCCUUUUGAGGCAGGAUUUGUUUUCUCAGGGCUGCUCUUCCUUGCAGGCAUCGCUGGGAGUGCGGCCACGCUGCUCCACGACGCCGUGAUGAACCCAGCUGAAGUGGUGAAGCAGCGGCUGCAGAUGUUCAACUCGCCGUACACGUCGGUGCUGGGCUGCGUGCGGACGGUGCACAGGACCGAGGGCUUGGGCGCCUUCUACCGCAGCUACACCACGCAGCUGACCAUGAACGUGCCCUUCCAGGCCCUCCACUUCAUCACCUACGAGCUGGUGCAGGAGCACCUGAACCCGCACCGCCAGUACCACCCCCAGUCCCACAUCGUGGCCGGCGCCGUGGCCGGGGCCGUGGCCGCCGCCGCCACCACGCCGCUGGACGUGUGCAAGACGCUGCUGAACACGCAGGAGAACACGGCCCUGAGCUCCCUCAAGAUCAGGGGGCACCUGUCGGGCAUGGCCAACGCCUUCAGCACCGUGUACCAGCUCGGGGGGCUGCCCGGCUUCUUCAAGGGCGUCCAGGCCAGGGUCAUUUACCAGAUGCCCUCCACGGCCAUCGCCUGGUCCGUGUACGAGUUCUUCAAGUACUUCCUGACCAAGCGCGCGCUGGAGAAAAAAACAUAAAAAUCCUCCUGGGAAAGGGAGUGCGA